UACAACAACAAUAUGAACAACACAACAAAAACAAUAAUAUCUGAAAAUAAACAUAUAAGAAAACUGCAAAAUAACAAUGUCGUCACACUGAUAGGAACUCUUAGUAUCACUAUUUGGGAGGAUCCGCCCACCUUUCCAAAUAAGGAAGGGUGCAAACUGAGAUGAAUUUGCGCUCCCAGCUGCCCGUUGCUUUCAUGAGCAUUCUCUCUGGCUGCGCUGGAUGUGCUUCUCCGCGCCUUAUGCCGACUGACUUGUAAAGUCCAUCAUAAACAAAGCAGCUGAGUUGAUGUUCAGGGAUUGGACCUCAUUGAAUAUUCUUGCAAUUGUGGAAGUGUAAAAAGCUCAGAGAUGUUGUUGUGCAGGAUGGCUGUGUCUGGAGACUUUUGCUGGAAACGCGUGGUCACGUUACUUCUGCUUUUGUUGCUGCAGCAGACAACAAAGGCCAUACACCCAGACUGUGAUCUGGUGGUCGAGCACAUGAAGAAACAGGAAGAAUGCAUUCAGAUCCUCAAACAGGAAGAAAUCAACUUUCCUACAUUUACAGGGUGUCAAACGGCGUGGGACAACAUUAGCUGCUGGUUCCGCGCUGAGGUGGGACAGGUGGUCGCUGCGUCGUGCGCCAAUAUCUCCCAGCUGUUUCAGCAGCAAGGUUACAUCUACAGGAACUGCACAGAGCACGGCUGGUCGGAGCUCUAUCCAGACUACACGGAAGCCUGCCAAGACAUCCAAUCAGAGCCACAGACAACAUACUUCUCCAACUUCAAGCAUGUGUAUACUGCCGGCUAUGCAACCUCCUUCAUCUCGCUUGUAUCUGCCAUCUUUGUCUUCACAAUCUUCAGGAAGUUUCACUGCACCAGGAACUACAUCCACAUGAACCUCUUCUUCUCCUUCAUUCUGAGAGCCAGCGCCGUUUUCAUUAAAGACUCUGUUCUUUUCUCGGACCACGACCUCGAGCUCGACCAUUGUUUCAUGUCGACGACGUCGUGUAAAUCAGCCGUGGUCUUCUUUCAGUUCAGCAUCCUGGCAAAUUACUUCUGGCUCUUGGUGGAGGGAAUGUAUCUUCAAACCCUGCUGGCUCUCACCUUUGUCUUCCAGAAGAAGUACUUCUGGUGGUACAUUCUCUUUGGCUGGGGUCUGCCAACCAUAAUCAUAAGUGCAUGGAUGUUGGCCAGGAACGUCUAUGACAACAGAGGCUGCUGGGAUGACACUGAUGUGGCCUUCAUAUGGUGGAUCAUAGAGGCUCCAAUAACCGCAUCAUUACUGGUAAACUUCAUCAUCUUCAUCAACGUCAUACGCAUCCUGCUGCAGAAACUACGGCGUCCUGCUGUUGGCGGCAACCACAGCAAUCACUUCAAGAGGUUGGCCAAGUCUACGUUGCUGCUGAUCCCAUUGUUUGGGAUGCAUUACAUGAUCUUUGCAUUCCUACCAGAAAACGUGGCGACUGACGCUCGUAUUUUCAUAGAACUCGGUUUGGGAUCUUUCCAGGGAUUUGUGGUGGCGCUGCUCUACUGCUUCUUAAACGGUGAUGUGCAAGCGGAGUUGAAGAAGAGGUUUUGGAAGUGGCAGACUGAGAAGUAUUUGCAGUACAGGAAACAGCGAGGAGGUUUAUCUACCGAGAGCAGUACAGUUACUCAAAUAUCCAUCUUGGACAAAUGCAACCCCAAAGAUCAACCUGGCGACGCCAACGCCGUCGUCAGCGUUGAGCCAUUGUGCGACGUCACCUCGGUCUGACCGUC